AGUAACCAACUUCAGUGAACGGAAACAAAAUGAAGCUGCUGGUACUAGCCGUGUUGGUCCAGCUGUCCUUGGUUCGGGCCGAUGUUCCCGGAUCGUUCGUUAACCGAACCUUGCUGGGCAUGCAACCGGCAUCGCUGUUCACGGACAUGUGCGACGGCCAUCGGUACUACACCAACUGCGGCAUGGGAUCGUGUUAUGACGUGCAGGUGUGCCUUGGACCAUCGACCGAGUACCGAUCCUGCAGCAUGUCGAAUCCGGAUAAACCGUUCUGCAACAACGGGGAAUGCUCAGCAGAACCCGUGUUCAGCCACAUGUGUUGGCCAACUCAAAUUUACUGCACCUCUGAGGGAUGGUUUCCAGAUCCCAAAACAUGUUCCAUUUAUCACUCCUGCGAGGGUCCGUACAGUAUGUCGGACGUAUACCAGUGUCCGUCCGGGUACGUUUUCAACCCGGAAACCACGUUCUGCAAGAAGAAGCAAACCGACGAGGACUGCAUAAAGCUGGAUUGCAGGCAGAAUACGGCUCUGACGCCCUUCGGUAAUAGCAGGAAGUACUUUGCAUUCUGCAAUUCGAUGGGUAUUUCGACCUACGAUAUCAGAGUAUACCAGUGUCCAGCGGAAACGGAAUUCAACGGAAAAACUUGCGUGUUCAAAUGUCCCGACCAAGGUCGAUUCGCAAUGGUAUCGAACUCUAAAGUUUACUACGAGUGUGCGGCUGCCGGGGAGGAUGGAGUAGCUGAAGUUUGCGAAGAAGAGCUAGUUUAUGAUGAUGCGACAAAGGUUUGCGUUUAAAUGAAAAUCUGAAAUAUAAAU